CUCUCUCUAUCUCUUCUGCCAGAGUAUAGUCGUGCUAGUCGUGUCCCGAACGUCGAGUCGAGUGGAGAGCUUGCCAGCGUCACACUCGAUCCUCUCUUUCUCUCUCUCUCACUCACACUCACUCCAACAACCACAACCUCGCACUCGAUAACCAUCUCUAUCUCUCUUACACCCACACCAACAUAUAUAUCCAUAUAUAUAUGUAGUACAUCAUUCUGUCUCAGUCGCACGCACGCACAGCGUACACACCCCCCCUGCCCGACCGCACGCCACUGAAUAAAUCAUUUACCAAUUACAUAAAGAGUGAUAUCCGCGCUGCGAACGAAAAUAAUCCCUCAAAAUAAAUAAAAUAGUGAAUGUAAUCCAAUAAACAAUAACAAGUGUUUCAUUUGUGUUUGCCCCCAUCGUCAUUAAACAUUAUUUUGUUGUUUUCUUUUUUUUUGUUUUUGUUUAAACUAUUUUAUUUACAAAAGAAGACACACAUACACAAUAAAAAUAAACUCUCGAACUUUCUGUGCCAAUUUCGCGUGUAUGCAUCCAACAAAGGAUUAACGAAAAGCGAAAUUCAAAUAACUGGACAGAUCAUAUCAACAAGGCAACAAAAUAAGAGUGAAUUGUGCCAGCAGCCGCACAAAAAAGGAGGAAAAGGGGAAUUCCUGCAGUUAUUUUUCCUUCGGGGUCACUGGAGACCCUUGUGCACAAAAUUUUGGACGAGAUGAAGUCGCCGCCAAUGAUCACCGACGACAGCGAUGACAUUUUCGGGCCACCCCGCACCUACGAUGAUUACUGUCCGCCGAAGAGCAGACCUUCGAUGAUAUCACCGAAAUACAAACAAAAGGAGGAGAGGCGCAAAGUGCUCAAGAUCAGUUUGCAAAAGUUAAAGAAGAUCGACGAUCCGGAGAACAAUUUGUGCCGCUCAGUGCUGAUCAACAAUACCAUUCGUCGUCUGAACAAGGACGGUCGCGACGAAAUCCUGCAAAAGCAGCAACUGAACUAUCCACGAUGCUACGACAACGAUAACUUUUUAAACAUCAAGAGUGAAUUUAUGAAGAACGAAAUGCGCGCUUUCGACGAACCCAACGAUCACGUGGAGGACGUCGUCGACGAGGUGGCGCUGAACAAGAUCGACCUGACCAGUCUGGACAGCCUGGGCGACUUCACCGAGAACGGUGUCAGCAAUAAGAGGCCCCUGGAGGAUUACGACGAAGGAGAAGUUAACGACGUCUUCACGCAUCUGUAUCUGCCACCUACACCUAGGCUACUCACUUCCAUCGACGACGACGAGGACGUCAAUGUGGUUGACAUCGAGCCACCGGCGAAAAAAAUGCGCGUCGAGCAGCCAGAGGAACUUAAAAUCAUGGAAAGUCCCAAGGAGGACCGCAUCAAUGAACUCCUGAUCAACAACAACAACAACAACAAUAACAACAGCAUUAACAGCAUGGAGACGGACUCGCGGCUCCGUUUCUUGGGACAAUCCAUGGACGCAGACACAAACAGUUUUAGUUGCGGCCAAGUGUCCCUGUUCAGUGAUAUCCAAAAUAAUGUUUACCAUAGUCUGAUCGCAUCUUUGGAAACGUAGCGUACUCAAGAACCAAAUCAGUAGUAAAAUUCCACCGUUUUUUUAUUUCUAUUUAGUUGUGAUAUAUUCAAAAACAAACAAACAAAAAGUAAACAAAACAUAAAUCAUCUUUUUUUAAUAUGGUUUUCAUCAUUUACAAAAAAUUGGUCACGAUUUUUUUCUGAAGUUUUAUAUGAUAUAUAGAGCAACAAAGCGACUGUGAUAUUUAUUAAAAAAAAAAAUAAAAUAAAAACAAAUCUAUGUAAUCUAAAAAAAAUCUUUUAGAACAAUUGUAUGGAUGGGCGCGCGAAUGAGUGGAAUUCUUUAAUUAAUUAAAACUAGUAUUGCAAUAUGAAGCUUAUGUAAUUGGAUAGUGUGAUAGAAAGAGCGAGUGAACGAGACAUUUAAUAUACGGCAUAUGAUAGUAAUAAUUAUAUGCUAAAUCAAUUGAGUAGUAUGCUAUUAUUCGUGCGCGAUUGUUGUGGCUUUUGUCCUUUCCAUCCUAUCACCCAUCCAUCAUUACGAACAUAUUUUUGAAUCCUGUCCUCUCUCGUCCCAAAAAUAAUCAACAAUAAGAAAAAUUGAAAAUACCAACCCUAUCAUAUCAUAUUUUUUUCACUUAUAAACUAUGUAUUUUUGAAAUUAGAUUUUUUUGAAAAGAACAUGGAAACACACGGAAUUUUAUCGUCAGCAAAAUGCAUUUCUAUUUUAAUUUAGAUGCACACGUACUGCAUCGUUUAUAUAAUACAUAUAUU